AUGCGGAGCUGCUUGGAGCGGGGUUGUCGCAGGCUUGGGCUCCGGGACGCAAGUCGUGGGGUGAUUCACGAAUUCCCGCGGGCGGGGAGGCUGGGGAAGACCCGGCUCAGCCCCGGGGGCCGGGAAGCCGCCUGCGCUGCGGAGGACCCUGACUCGGGGNGUGCGGGGCCGAGCAGUGACGCGGCCCCGGACGCCGGGUCUGGCGCGGAGUCGCGAUGCGGGUCUCACUCCCGAAGCCGCGCACUUGUCAGUUUCCUUUUGGCCACGCCCCGGCGGAGUAGUGGUGAAGUUCGCGGGGCUGGGCGCGGGCGGGGGCUGGCAGCGGCCCGGCGGGGCGGCGGGAGUGCGGUUCGCAUCUCGCGCGGAGUUUGCGGGAACCCCUUUCCUAGGGGAGAGAGGAAAGAAGGGAGAAAGGCCAGAGGAGAGGCGGAAAAUGUCACCCCCAGGUCGCCCCCGGGCUCCGGGCUGCCGCUAAAACCGCCACAACUCCGCGAGAACCCGGGGUCCCUGGAUCCCCGGAUCCCCGGAUCUUGGGGGCCAAACGUGCCAUUCCCUUUGAGCUACGAAGGUAGGACGAGGCCGAGGCGAGCUGAGGUCCGGCCUCUGCUGCUUCUCUUGGGAGACGCGCUGGGCUCCUCUUUGUCCCCAGAGCUGAGGGAUCGAAAAGAGGAUGCGAAAGGGAUGGAUGACGAAGGCCAGACCAAAAUCAAGCAGAGGCGGAGUCGGACCAAUUUCACCUUGGAGCAGCUCAAUGAGCUCGAGAGGCUUUUCGAUGAGACCCACUACCCGGACGCUUUCAUGCGUGAGGAACUGAGCCAACGGCUGGGACUGUCGGAGGCCCGAGUGCAGGUUUGGUUCCAAAAUCGAAGAGCUAAAUGUAGAAAACAAGAAAAUCAACUCCAUAAAGGCGUCCUCAUAGGGGCUGCCAGUCAGUUUGAAGCUUGUAGGGUUGCACCCUAUGUCAACGUAGGUGCUUUAAGGAUGCCAUUUCAGCAGGCAAGUACAGCCCAGUUUCAACCUGUUUUUAACUGUAAAAAGACCUGGAUGUUUGCCGCCGCCGCCAAGACCACCAGCAAGAACUCCAGCAUCGCGGAUCUCAGACUGAAAGCCAAAAAGCACGCGGCCGCCCUGGGUCUGUGAAGCCCACGCCCACGCCAGCGCCCACCGCGCGCCCCCGCGCCCCCG